GAAAGCACCCUUCUUAAAAUGACAACAAAAACAACAGCAUGUCAACAAAAAUGGAGCCGGGAGAGGUUGAAAAUUUUAAUUUUAGAUAUCACCAUCACGCGUCCCGGUGCAAGUCAGUUAAUGAAGAUCCAUUCAUCGAAGCUAGCUGUAAACGGAAAUCUCUCUCUCAGUGUUUUUAUGCAGCGCAUUCGUUAUGUGAUGCUCAAGGAGUGUGCCUGGUCAUUGAUAAUAAUCUUAGGCCGUAUCAGAACCUCAUUGAUUCAAGAUCUGAAAAAUCUAUUAACAACUAUGCCGAUGCCGCACUCCUCCUUGCCUCAGGUUCAGGAAAAAACGAUACAACCAAAUGGAAAAGUAAUUUGAGAAACAGCAGGCCGGUGCUGUCUACUGUUGAUAAGUUAAUAAACUGUCCAGGAAAAUGCUCAUCGUAUGAAGUAGCAGAGCAGGAUCUUAAGUUACUUGCAAAUGCUACUGCUAAAGAAAGCAGAAAUGAAAAGGUUCAAAGUUCGGCAAGCUUUGUUUUUAAGAAAUCAGUUGUGUCUCAACAUUUUGGUUUCACAACCAAAGAACAGCCUCAAAUAUCUACAGCUGUAGACAUUCAUCAGCAAGGUCCAAACAGUGGGCUGCAAAGGAGGGGGAGCUCCUUUGACUCAUUUUCUGCAAAGCUUGCACCAACUUCAGGGGUUGGCUUAAGGCAACCACAGCCAGGCACUGCUUACCCUAAUGUCUCUGGUGGUGUAAGACCAAAUGAUGACAGUGGUUUUGGCAGGAAAGCAAUAGGUGCCCAAAAUAUAUUUACAAGAAAUGCCAAUGGUUUUGGAACUAACGGGGGAAGCUCUCACUUUGCUAAUGGGAAUAGUCCUGGUGAUUUAAUAAAUUUUAACAGCAAUGCAGAAACGAGAAACAUGGGUGGGCCUGCCAGGUCCUCCCAAAUGGGCAGUGCUGAUUGGAGAGGAGGGAGUGUUCACACCAACAACAGUGGAUGGAAUAACAAUUCGGUUCAAGGUUGUCCCUCAUUUCAAAGAAAUGCAUACAAUACACAGGCAGAUAUAGGAAUGUCUUCAGUAAGUGCAAGCAUCUUCAAAACAGCAAGAGAUGAAUUGGUGAUUCAAAACCAGAAAAAGAAUGGAGGUCGUGGUGGAAAUCAUAAUGGUUAUGGAAUAGGCAGAGGUGCGGCAGGUGUUCCAAAACGGUCUUUAGGCACUCGUCGAGGUGGAGUCAAUGGCAAAUUUGUUCCUCCUAUCAAACCAACAGAAGAAGAUGACUUUGGUGGAAUGUUUGGUGUGAAGCAGCCUGGAAUGGAGGGAGGAAAUGAAGAGGAAAUUGAUGAAAGACUAAAAAACAUUGAUCCCAAAAUGAUAGAAACCAUUCGCAAUGAAAUUAUGGACAUAGGCGCCCCAGUAGAAUGGGAUGAUAUUGCUGGUCUUGAGUUUGCCAAAACAACAAUUCAGGAAAUAGUCGUUUGGCCUCUUUUACGACCUGAUAUAUUUACUGGUUUGAGGAAACCUCCAAAGGGUCUUCUAUUGUUUGGGCCUCCUGGGACUGGUAAAACACUAAUUGGAAAAUGUAUUGCAUCUCAGUCUCAGUCCACUUUCUUCAGUAUUAGUGCAUCAUCUCUAACAUCAAAGUGGAUUGGAGAUGGUGAAAAAAUGGUGCGAGCUCUCUUUGCUGUUGCUAAAGUGCAUCAACCUGCUGUGGUUUUUAUUGAUGAAAUUGAUUCCCUGCUAACCCAGAGAAGUGACACUGAACACGAAAGUUCUCGUAGAAUCAAGACAGAGUUUCUUGUACAACUUGAUGGUGCUGGAACUGGAGAAGAGGAACGUAUUCUAGUUGUUGGUGCUACAAACAGACCACAGGAAUUGGAUGAAGCAGCAAGGCGCCGAUUAGUGAAGCGACUUUACAUCCCUCUUCCAGAAUUCUCAGCUAGAAAACAAAUCGUUGAGCGACUUAUGUCAAAUGAGCGAAGUGCAUUAACAAAUGAGCAAAUUGAUGAAGUUGCUUCAUUAACCGAUGGAUAUUCUGGUGCAGACAUGAAAAAUCUAUGUCAAGAAGCAUCUCUUGGACCAAUUAGAUCGAUAUCUUUCUCAGCCAUGCAUCAGAUAACAGCAGAUCAGGUCCGCCCCAUAGCAAUGGAGGAUUUUAAAUCUGCACUACAACGGGUGAGAGCAAGUGUUUCAAACAAAGACUUAGAUGCUUAUGUUCAAUGGGACAAAACUUAUGGAAUGGGGGGUGGAAUGUGAAGUGUAUUAUAUUUUUCAUAUUUAUUCUAUUACACUGUGAUACUUUCCUGAAUGAAAUGUGGGAACACAACUAUUCCUGACUUACCAAUCCAUUUACUUGUACUAUUACCAUUAAAAGAAUACAAAUCUUUUCUGUCCUAAGAUAUUUUUGGUUUGUGCGAUGGACUAUUUUAGAUUUUAUGGGUUUUAAAUUCUUGCGGACAGUCGGGUUGGUUGGAGGGGUGAGCAGCAUAGAAUGCUGGAUGAUUCUCCAGAUGUGUUGCAACCCUAGAUAAAUUAGGAAAUUGCUGCAUAUCAACUUUAAACCUGUAAUUAUUAAAAUUAAAAUAAAUAGAUUAGAUCUGGGAACUAUCAUAUUAUUUUUGUUAUUAAAUUGGAGCAGAGACUAACUUUCUUGCAUUGUAAACUUGAGGGAUGAGGCAACAAUCUGCUAGUGUUAUGUCAUCUCCAACACAGUAUUUGCCAGCUGAGGCAGUCAGAACUUCAUUAAGAGCUGUUGAGACAAAAUAUUGUUAAACAUUACUGUGUCAACAAGGAGCAAGUAAUCUGUCAUUUAACAUUUGUUCAAGAGAAAACUGUGCGAGACCUGUAAAUCCUUGAAUAAUCCAAUAUUGUGCCCAUUCCAAUUUGAUACUUUCUUGAUUUUCUUUUACAAAGUUUUCAAAACGAGACACAACACCUACAUUUUGUAGUGGCUGUAUCCCUGAUUGGAUCAUUUCACAAAUUUCACGGACCUGUUGAAAAUCAUGUUAAAGCUUGUUAAUGUAUUUAACAAAGUCAUGUUUGGGACUAGUCAGAUAAGUCAGACCUACCUUGGCUCUCUUGAGAACAUCUAAUGGCAUGAGUGAUUUUUGUGGCCUCGUUUCCUCUAAGUACUGCAUUAUAUUGAGCUGAAAAACAAAUACAAUGUUGAGUUUUUACAUCUA